AUGUCCAAUCCUUGGGACGAGGCGCUAAAGGCUGGGGUAGAGGAAGCACAACGACGUGCGAAGGAGCAGAACGAUAACAAGAACAGCAAAAUGCCGGGAACUCCCUCUAAUAACGUCGAUGCAACAACGAUUUGUUCGGAUGUACCAUCUGAGGCACCGGCUCUCAAUGAGCAGAAGAACCCAACGUACACUCAGGAUCAGGACAAGGGCAGUUCAGCGAAGUAA